AUGUCGGCGAUCUUGUGCAUUCUUGCGAACCUGCGAAUACACACGGCCGGAAGGCCGGAAGAGGACUAUCUCAAUGCCAUCAACAUUUGCUUGAUCUCGAUCAGAUGCAUCGACUUUGAGGUCUUGCAUAAUGCCGAGCAGACGUUUUGUCGAGAAAAGUCAGAUGGGACGUUCGAGACUGCCGACGAUAUAGAAAAGAUGACUGUCUGGCAAAAAUUCCAGUGGAGCGUGUCCCUGUUUACAACCAUGCGUGGAAUUGGCUGGAAUUGGCGCGUCAAGAAUGUUGACAAAGUCCCAAAACAUCUUUCUCGCAGUCGAUUCGUCCUAGAGCAGAUUGCCAGAGCCUCAUACUGCUUUCUCUAUAUGGACGUCCAUCAAUGGUAUAUACGUUGGACGGGUUGUGGAGCACGGACUGGUACUGUCUCUGACAUCUUCACCAUCCCACUCUGGCAACAAAUUCUCCUCGGAUGGAGCUCUGCCUUCUACAGUGGCGUUACGUUGGGCUUCAGCUACUACCUUGGAGCGGCGUUCGCUGUCGGGUCUGGGCUUUAUAUGCCUCAAUCGUGGCCUCCAAUCUUCGGCUCAUUCUUCGAAAAGGGUCAUACACUCUUGAGGCAUCAAUUUCAUCGUCGGAUCUUUGAGAGUGUAAACAAGUGUUUACUGCACCUGUUGAGAGUCAAAAAUGGUACUUUGGCCUCACGGUAUCUGCAGCUAUACAACGCUUUCUUUGUGUCGGCACUUAUUCAUCAUGCUGGUGCCCUCAAUUGCCCAUAUUCUUCCCUUGGCUGGUGCCAAGUCUAUUUCUUCAUGGUCCAGCCUGUUGCGAUCAUGUUUGAAGACCUUGUCGUAUACCUGGGCACGAGGAAGGACUUGAAGGACACAUGGAAAACCAGGACGGUCGGUUACGUCUGGGUUAUCUGUGUCCUGAGUUAUUCCCUUCGAUACGCAGCCCAGGGCAUUCUGGCUGCUGGGCUAGGUGAAGUCAGACAUCCGGCUGUGGACAAAUAUAGCAUCAUGGACCGACUGUUUGGAUCAGGAGGAAUGUCUUGCUCGCCUUGA